UCACAGCAGCUCGGGCCGUCCUGGUGUUUUUGUGUUCCCAGCUCCAGGGAAAAGCCGUUCGGAUUUCUUUACCUGAUUGUCCCCCACCUUCGGGCCGAGAGACCUCGGAUCCCCCUGUGGACCCUCGGCCACGCAGUGCCAGGACCCGAGCGUCAGGGCUAACGCUGGCGCAGAGAUUGAGAUAAAGCUGACAUUGACCGGGGGGGCCACACGCCAGUCACCAGCGCGAGCAGGCCCCGUCCGGGGAGCUCGGAAACCCUGCGGUCCAUCAUGAAGUUCCAAUAUAAGGAGGAUCAUCCCUUCGAAUACCGGAAAAAAGAAGGAGAAAAGAUCAGGAAGAAAUACCCGGACAGGGUGCCGGUCAUCGUGGAGAAGGCUCCUAAGGCCAGGGUGCCUGAUCUGGACAAGAGGAAGUACCUGGUGCCCUCUGACCUCACUGUUGGCCAGUUCUACUUCUUAAUCCGGAAGAGGGUUCACCUGAGACCGGAGGACGCCUUAUUCUUCUUUGUCAACAACACUAUCCCUCCCACCAGUGCUACCAUGGGCCAGCUGUAUGAGGACAACCACGAGGAGGACUAUUUUCUGUAUGUGGCCUACAGUGAUGAAAGUGUCUAUGGGAAAUGAGUGGCCGAAGCCCAGCGGACGGGAGCACCUGGACUUGGGGGUAGGGGAGGGGUGCGAGUGGGCCCUGGGGAACCAGAGGGAGUGCUCCCAACCUCGGAGGAGACAGAAGGUGAAGACGACAAAAACCAUUGCACCGCAUACACUGUCCUCAUUGUUUUCACAAGCUCGAUCGUUACUUUUUGCUGCUUCCUCAGCCUGGGAAGGAUGCAUGUCAGGACAGAGCUGUUGGAUUGGUUCUGGUAGCAGAAUAUGGAUGCCAUAAUUCACAGCCUUGGUGAGAAUUUUUGUACAAUUUCAUCAGAGAGUUGGGAGGUAGACAAGUUGACCCUAGAGGUGAAUGUAACUUGGCAGCAACUCCUAUCUGUCUUGUUGGGUAGACAUUUGAUUUUUGGCAUUUGCACAAGCCACAAGGGAAAGGGGGAAGAGAAUCGUUCAGGAUUUGUAGUGGACCAUACCUAGGGACCAAAAGAUACCCACUGUUGUUGACACAUUGUGACCCCUGACCUGCAUCUACACCUCCUCUCCUCCUAUCCCCUUUUCCCCACACAAAUGAAAUAGCAUCACUCCACUGGGGUUCGUGAGCAAUUGUACAGAUGUUUAGAUGGAGUCAGGCUGUGCAGGAAAGUGGUUAUGUUAACCAGAAGUUCUGGUAACAUUAAACUGGAGUUCAGGGUUAAGUAUCUCUGUUCCUAUUAUCCCACACAAGGAAUUUCUGAAGCCUCUGGUUCGUGUCUGCAUGCUCCCAUGGGUCCUCCAGCAUUUCCUUUAGCCUUCUCAUGCACAGGGACAGAGUGUCUGUGUGGAGGGGCCAGGUUUCCAGGGAAGAUAAAAUACCCACAACUGCCACUCAUCCUUGCCCCCUGCUGUGGUCCCUUCAGUCUCACAUGCACUGGAAUGCUAAGUGAUAGCUCACUGUUCCCCUCUGGUUUUCAUCCACUGUGUCUGCUGAUGAGAAAAGAUGGAGGGAUGAGUCUAGCAAUUCAGGAGGGUUUUACGGGUUCAUUUUUAUUUAGGGGUUGUUAGGGAGGGGUGGGAGCAGGGAUUCCCCUCAGAUAUGACAUUUCAAUUCAUCUCUGCUAAUGAAGAGGGUCCUCCCUGUGGGGGAAAAUCCUCGUGUCUGUUUCGUCAGCUGGUUCCUGUAUGUUGAAGGCAAUGCUGUCAGGCCAGGAAAAUAAAAUAAUUGCUUUAAAAAUCCA